AUGACUCCGGAGCCACGUGAUCUUUUCUCUCUGCCUACGCCGACUUUCCAACAGGCAGCCCCAGUCCCGUCCACACUUUCCAUAGUCGAUCCCAGAGGUUCCAGCAACCUCGACGGACAGAAGUACAUCAGAUCAAAGUGGCCCGAAAGCCAUCCUGCCAUGGAACCCGAGGGUUCCGACCGUGAGGAGCGCGAGACGCCAAGCGCUUUGACCCGACGUGCAAUUCGGUGUGACAAGCGUGUCCCAUGUUCGAAUUGCCGUAGUUCGAACAUUACUUGUCGUUCCACAGGCGAAGGACAGAGACCAGCUGAGCCCCGGCGCCGCGUGUUGAUUUCUAGCCAGUAUGAGAAGAAGAUUGAUCUCAUUGAAGAGCGCCUUGGUGGUGUCGAGGAGACGUUACAACGCCUCGGAGGCAUUGAACAGGCUCUACGGGAGCUUCUAAUAUCGUCUCGACAGCAAGGUGUUGCCCACACCUCCAAAUUUUCGGCAUCAUCUCUAUCAUCACCCGUUACAUUAGCUCGAACUCAAUCCUCAGCAUCCAAGCAAGAUCACGAAGAUUUAAAAGCCCCCGGGUAUACUUCUAAUCUUGCGAUCGAGCAGCACGACUCCGGCUCUGCAUACGAGGGGAAUUCCUCUCUAGCGGCUCAUUCCGCUUAUGCAAAGGAAUUUCUCGAAUCUGCCGUUUCACACAGUACACCUGAAAUGUUUUCUAGCCCGAAGAUCAGCGAGGCUCUUUCAUCUCUGAAACAAAUUGUUGAGAUGCAAAGUAAACAGCGAGACGCCGGAACGCAGAGAGGUCAACUUUCCAGUCGGUUGGGCGCACGCUGUGAUAUACGUGAUUUGGAGAUGCCACCCUUGCCAGUGGUCCUAUCCGUACUGAAAAAGGCCAAAGAGAACCCGCCCGCCUCGUUUGGGGGCUAUAUUCCUUUCUUCACGGUGGACUAUUUCAUCUCGAGGUGUCAGGAAGUCUACUUUGCUACAGAGGAUUACUCCGACGCGACAUUUAUCAUCGCUAACUUUGGCCUUUAUGGUAUCUUUGUUGAAUUUGGAUUCUGCGAGAAGGAGCCUGCCACACGAGACGAAUACCAGCGGUAUGUCCAGGUAUGUAAGGAUAAUUUGGAGGCGGCAUUGGCGAAUUUGAAUAUUUUGAUGCCAGUUACUAUGGACUCUGUCGUUGCACUGGCAGUUGGUGCAAUUCAUGGAAUCGAAAUAUCGAAGCCGUCAGUCAGUUGGACUCUCGCCUCGACAGCUAUUCAAAUGUGCCAGACUUUGGGAUACAAUCGCCGCUCUUCCAUGGAACACGAUCCUCCUGAAGUGCAACACCGAAAACAGGACAUUUUCUGGUCUGUGUAUACGAUUAUUAACUUGAUGUCAUUGCGCUUGGGACGUGCUUCAGUGGUACAGGCCUGCGACGUGGAUAUCCCUUCGCCGUUCGAAUGCUUCCCGAACAUGGGAGUAUGGAGCAUGGUUUGCUCUCUAUGGGCUCGGCAAGCCGUCAUCCAGAACGACAUAUACACGAAUUUAUACAGCCCUGCAGCACUUAACCAGCCAGAGAGCGAACGGGUGGUGCAUGCUCGGCGCUUGGCUGUUGAAAUGCGGAGGGAUGUCCUUGAUCCUUUUGAUCGAAUUUUGACUGCCGAUUUGAACAUGUCCGAAGUCGAUGUUAUCUACCUUCGCUCUGAUGGAGUCAGUCGAUUGGCAAUCUUGACAUUGAUAUACCGUGCUAUCCCGGUUGAGCCUGGCUCGCCCAGCACCUUCAUCCCGGAGUGUAUCGAGACGGCCAGAGCAGCGCUGGAGCUCCAUCAAGUGUGCAUAGCCAGUCUAAAAGAAGCUUCCGAAAAUUUGCGAUGUUCAUACAUGCAUUGGGCGAUUUUCCUCUCCCCAUUCGUCCCUUUCAUCGUCAUAUUCUGUCACGUCAUCACAACAUCCGACACCAAAGAUCUCGCCCGCCUCGAAGACUUCGUUGCCUCUCUACGCCCUCUCUGCCGUUUCUCCCAAUCAAUCGACCGCCUUCACAACCUCUGUUCAGUCCUCAGCACAGUCGCCCGUCUCUACGUCGAAGCAAAGUCGCGAAAACAAGCCGGCGAGGACCAGAACAUGGCAUCCGUAGGCCAAGAGUUCGAUGCCUAUCUGAGCGCGCUUGGAUUGGCACCGGGAAAUGCGGUUGCUAAUAAUCCGUGGGGCGCGUUUCAGCCGGACGGUUCGUCUAUGGCUACCGGUGCAGCGGAUCCGUCGCUUCAGGCGUCUGGGUAUGGAAAUCCGUCUAUGCCUGCUCAAGGCCAACCUCAAGGUCAAGAUAUGUCGAUGGUGGAAAUGUCGCAGGCUGCGCAGUUGGGUAAUUGGUUCUCUGGUAACCAGUAUAUGAUGGGGUUGCUGGAAGAGGAUAUGUUUCAAUUCAAUCCUACGUGA